UUUUGGAUUCUAUCAGUUUGUUGUCAGUUUGCUUGAUUUGCUAAUUUCAGUGCAUUUUUAGUAGGAAUAAGUCCAUUUUACCCCCGAACUACGAAACCAGGAAUGGACAGUACCUGAAGUUUGAAAACCAGGCACACGACCCCCUCCCCACCCUGUUUUGCUCUGUUUUUCCCUUGUUUUGACCCAGUCGCCAGUCCACGUCAGCUUCCGCCUCCACGUCACGCCCCUACAUGUCACGCCGACUCCACGUCGGAUCGAGCCGCGGGUCAAAAAUCCUUUCCCCCACCUCUCGCUCUCUCUCUCUCUCCCCCGUAGUCGCGCCGCCGUUCCCCUUCUGCAAGAACCCUAGCUCCGGCGGUGGGGGGACGAAUCCCGGCCGUAGCCGCCGCUCCAGAAGAAGGCCGUGCGCAGCGCUGACCACCCGCCGCCCCUGUUGCAGCCGGUGAAGCUACAGCUGCUCGUGACGCUGCAGCCGCCGGUGAUGUGGAUUUGAAGGCCCCUGCAUCGUCGUGACAGGUGCUAGGAUGGAUCCACUUUCCAAGUUGACAGUUAGAUUUCAUUUCCUCGGAGAGUUCAUUAACCAUGGCAAGAAGCUGAACUAUGUGGGAGGUAGGGAAGCAAUGAGAUGCAUUGACAGAGACCUAGUGUCGUUGCCUGAGAUUGUAGGACACUUGAAGGACCACUGCAAGGUUGAGGAGGGGUCGAUGCUGCAUUGGUUGUUUCCUUGUGCAAAGUUAAGCAAAGGGCUUAGGGCACUGAUUGAUGAUAAGGCAUGCCUGGAUAUGGCUGAUUGUAUCACAGAUGGAGGUGUAGCUGAUAUAUAUGUAGAGCAUGGUGUGGAAGGUAGUGAUGAUGCACAAGAUGAUGCAGAUUAUAACCAAGAGAAAGAGAUGGAGGUUGGCAGUGAGGCAGGCAAAUCAGAUAGUGAUGAUGCAGUGCAAGUUAUUGGCUGCAAGAAGGUGACCAGCAGUAAAUCUUCCCCCAAAGAUUAUGGAAAAGAUAUAGCCAAGCUGAAGAAGUUUUAUGGGUCCAUAAGUGGUGAGAAGUCUACAUGCAGCAAGAGGUUAGAUUUGUCAGCAAAGAUGAAUGCAGGAGAGUUCAGUUCUAGUACCAUGAUAGACAAGAUAGUAGCUGAAGGAGGCAGUUCAUCUGAUAGUGAUUUUUUACCUAGUGAUGAUAGUUGUUCUGAGGUUGAUGAGGAAGCUGAACAAAUUAUGAAUAGAUUCAAGGAGUACAAGAGGAAUUGCAAAAAAGGUCAAAUACCAACUUUGGAUGACCUUGAUUUCUGUGGAAAGGUUCUUGUAACUCAUGGUGAGAUGGGAGCAACACAUGAUGGGAAUGAGACUCCUUAUGCUGACAGUAGUGAUGGUGAGGAGGAGUCAUUUGAUGAGCUAGGCAGUGAUGGAGAAAUUGUGAGCCACAAUAAUGAGUUUCCUAGGUAUAAGGAUAAAGGUCCUAGGUUUGUUUUAUGUUUGGGGAUGAAAUUUGCAGAGAAGAAGGAAUUCAAAAAUGCAGUGACCAAGUAUACAUUGGAUUCAAGAAAGGUUAUCAACUUUGUUAAGGAUGAAGGGUAUAGAGUUAGGGCUAAAUGUGACUGGCCAACAUGCCCUUGGGUUUGUCUGCUGUCAACCAACAUAAGAAUUGAGGGCUGGCAGAUUAGCACUUUCACUGAUGAGCAUACUUGUCCUGAUAGAAGAGACAACAAAUUGGUGACAGCAAAGAGGAUAGCUGACAAGUAUGACAGAAGAAUUAGAGCAAACCCUCAUUGAGAUUUGCUACAAAUAUAGACUACAAUUCAGGAAGAUAUGUUUGUUUGCAGAUGUUAGCAUAUCCAAGAUAAAAAGAGCCAAGUCUAUUAUAAUGGAUAGGAUGUAUAACUGUACUAGGGGAGAGUACAGUAGAGUGUUUGACUAUCAAUUAGAGUUGAUGAGGAGUAACCCAGGGAGCACUGUCAUUGUCAAACUUGAUACUGAUGAACCUGAAUCAACAUUUCAAAGAUUUUGUGUGUGCUUGGAUGCAUUGAAGAAAUGUUUCAAGGUUGGAUGGCUGUUUUUUCGAGGGUGCAGGG